ACACCCCGCGACGAGCUCUUCAUUAAUUUUAACAUAAAUUUUUGUAUAGAAAUUUUAUGCCACGCGGAGCGUUAAGUUUGAGCUGGCCAGAAGAAGGGCGGAAGCGGUAAAAGUAAAAGUAAAAGGAAAAGGGGGCGGGGGCGGGGCAGGACUUGACUUGCGGUUGUGGCCGACGGACAGGCGUCUCUAAUGGAUUUUUCAAAUAUCACCAACUGCUGUGCUCUUAAUGAGCACAUCCCUAACGACAUUGUUCGAUUGACACACUCCACAGCCUUAACCAUUUCUAUUUAUAUCGACUUGAAAGGCUUUUGAAGAAAACAGACACCCAUUGUUUUUAUUACAAAAGUUUCAUAUGGUGUACAUAACAAACUUACUUAGAAAGGGUAACACUAUCUCACGAUUUAAGCUUUCAGGUGUGAAAAAGGCGCUGGCAACUAUUAUAUUACAAAAUUUCAUUAGAAUUGUUUGAAUAUAAUAUUAUGGGAUUUGGCAUAUUAAUUUUGUGGAGCAGUUUGGAAAAAAACUAUUCAUACGUUUUUAGAGCGUAGCAAUAAAUAGGCAAACAUUCUCAGUAACACUGGCAUUCUUUGAGCAAUAAUGAAGCAUUAUUGGUUGAUACUCGUAGCACUGCUCGAAUGGUUUUCCCUUGGAUGGAGCGAGUUAAUCGACUACUGUCAGAUGCCCUACUGUGGAAUAAAUAACCUAGCCUGCAACAAUCCAUCUAAAUACAGCAUAAUGUGCCCGCCAAAUGCCAAAACUAUUUCUAUGUCGAGAUACCGAAAUGCGCUACUGAACGCCAUCAACGAGUUUCGCAACUAUACGGCCAGUGGGCAACAGAAGUACCUGAAGGCAGCCGCAGCCCGAAUGUCCCGGCUGAGUUACUCCAACGAUCUGGAGGAUUUGGCCCGACUGGCGGCCAUCACCUGCUCCGCCCAGAAGUUCUGCCUGAGUUCACCGGAGUUCUACUACGUCGGAACCAAUCUGGGAUCCACCUACUACCAGGGCAACUUGAACGACUACGAGGACCUCGAGCUGAUGCUACGAACAAUCCAGGACUGGACCAAGUACGUGGACAACAUCAAUAUGAAAAUGGCCCUUUAUAUGCCGACUACGUUGGAGAAAAGUGGCACCGCCAAGGCCUUGCUGCUGUUGGCAGACCGUAAUACCCACGUGGGCUGCUCGGCGAUGCGAUUCACCUUGAACUCCGUCCACUACUUCAUCUUCGUGUGCGCCUUCAGUACGGAUCUUUUCGUGGAGCGGCCCGUUUACCGGAUGUCGAUUCGACCGGGAAGCGCCUGCAAGCGGCUCGAUACCACUUAUGUAGCACUCUGUGCCGUUGGGGAAAAUUACGAAAAUGAAAAUCCCUGGCCCAAUGCUGCGGUCUUCCAGUUGCCCCUUGAUAUCUCCAAAAAUCGGCAAACUUAUGUGCCGGCCAAGUAGACAACGCUUUAAGUAAACUUUUAAAUUUGCCACACUAAAAUGGUUUCAGUUUUGCCACUUUUUUAAGAGUGCUGAUGGCUAGACAAAAGUACACGCCCCAGGAUAGCCAAACAAAAUCUGCGCACAGAAACAAAUAGUUAACACCCAUGGACAAAAGGACGAGGAGAAGGAGGAGGAGCAGGAGCAGCAGGAACAGACAUUUCAGGGCAGCCUCGAUAAUCACAGGACACAUUUGCAUAUAAACUCGCUUCCGGGCUGAUGUCCUUCGCAUGCAAAUGAAAACAUUAGCGAGGCACACGCGCAUCCUCAUCCUCAUCCGCAUCCGCAUCCACAUCCGCAUCUGCGAGAUGCAGAUACACGGACAGCGACAGAUACAGAUACAGCUACAGCUACAGAUACAAAUGACAUUCGUCGCUGUCGCCUCUUCCCUGCUUAAAUAUAUAUUUCAAUUAAAAUUUUACACACGAAUAAAUGCAGAGCCACGCCCAGCACAUUAGGUGCCCCCGCGCGCGAGUCCUUCCGCCAAAUCCCAGUCGCAGUCCCGCCCAGUACCAGUUCCAGUUUCAGUGCCACUUCCCGCCCCACCCACUUUUGAUGAUGCUGCUCUGGCAGUGUCCAACUUGUGUCGCUUGUUUAUGAGCGUCUGAAGGCCACGAGAGCAGACGGCAGACACGGACAUGGCCAUAAAACGGUCCGAGGGAGUGGGAGGUGCCGUGUGGAUGCGGAUGGGGCUCGGGGAUCAGUCCUGGCUGGCAUCGGUGCAUUCUGGGGCGGGCUCCAAUGGAGCAUGCUGCUGAAUGUCCACGGAAUUAUUCAAAAGUUUCGCCAGGGCCAACAGUCAGCCGAGCAGAUCCCAUGAAGCGAUGAGUUUGGCAUUGUGACAAGAUGAACUGGCUGUCCCAGAAGAGCCAAUCAUGGAGGCCUAGGGUUGAAGUGAAAUUCGACAUAAGCUGCUUUUGGGAUGAGCAUGGGGAAAUUCGAUUCCUACGGUCUUGAUUUAAGUUCAGACAAUAACUAGCUUAAUGAACAAAAAUCUUUGGGAAGAGGUAGUCACAGACAAAAUGAUCCUCAAAACUAUAUUAAGCUAUUUUAAAGUCAGAAAGUCCUCAUGACCACAGCUGUUUUAACCAGUCAUUACUCUGUGUGUGCCCCUCUUUCUUAUCCGGCAGUCUCUCAAUGUCCCAUUACGAGGGUUUCCAUUUCCAGAGUCAACCAUGAACUUGAACUUGCGACUGUAAUAAUAAUAAUAAUGCAGAUCCCGACUAACAAUUUGUGCACCAACUCCAUUCUCCACUCUCCACUCUCCACUUUCGGCUUUCAUUUCUUUUUCAUAGCCAGCGCAUCCCCAUUCCGUCCAUCUCCUACUGUCUGCGGCCAUUGUCUGGCUUGCAUUUUGAAAUUCUAAGCAAAUUUGUCGGCCCUGGGGAAGGGGGGUGGUUGGUAGAUCUGAUGGCGGGGUGUAAGCAGGCGCAACAUUUUAUGAGCGUGCCCGCGAUGCAGCGAGUCAGAUAUGGCCAGGCAAACGUCUGCUGGGCGAGCA